AUGGCCACUGAAAAUUUUGCGGAAAUCUUGAACAGACUCAAGGAAACACAUGAGAAAGAAGUCCAAGGCCUGCAAACCAAACUGAAUGAACUAACCAAUGAGAAAUGUCGGGACAACCAAAGAAUUGAAGAGCUCUUUACCAAAAACCACCAACUGCGUGAACAACAAAAGGGACUUAAAGAAAAUGUGAAAGUCUUGGAAAACAGGUUGCGAGCUGGGCUCUGCGACAGAUGCCAAGUGACCCAAGAAGUUGCAAAGAAGAAGCAACAUGAGUUUAUGAAGGCCCAUUUUCAAGGUCUUCAACACAUCUUCAUCCUAACUAAUGAACUGAAUAAGCUGAGAGAGGAAAACAAGAGCCUGAAGGAAGAUUUGAAGAGGUUAUAUGGCCCAGAGGACAGGCCGAAAACUUUGAAAGGGCAGCCCAGAGAAGGAAACUUCAUCCCAGGCGUGUCUUUGUCUCUCCUCUCCAGCCGAAGCAGGAAACCAAGUGUCGGGAAAAACGUGAGCCCAGAAACAGAAGACGAGUAUGAUGAGUCUCCUGAACACAGGCUUUCUCCAGAAAGCAGAAUCUCCCCUAACAUCCUCCUCCACGGAGACCAUGCUCUGGAUAUGAGCUCUCAGAAGAGGGUCAACCAAUUUCAAGAAACCAUUGAGCUGAUGAGAACCGGAUCCCGAACCUCCUCACAAGAAAGAGAUUACCCAGGCAGUGGCUCCCCACCCCUUACAAGCAAAACACCACCAUCUCCUCAUUGCGAUCAAAGUCUCAGUCUUGAAGCAUUUUUAAGAGCCAACAAAUCGGAUUGCCGAGCCUCCCCAUCACCUUGCGAGAACCUGAGGCUCGCCACAAAAAAGGAACAGCUCUACCUCUUCAACCAAAGCUUAGCCCUGCACCAUCUUGGCCUGCGGAAUAAACCUGCCAGCAAAGAAGGUGGUGAUUUCCCUCACCACCUGUUACUGGCUAAGGAAGUCGGCAGUCGAAUGAAGCCGCAAGAGGAGUGGGAAAACCAAGCAGCCAUCUUGGAACUUCCGGGGGCUGUCUUGUACAUGAAGGACCAUCAUUUGGAGAACAGGCUGCAGCUGCUGAACAGCUCGGAGAAGCUCCGGUGUUUCUUGAUGCAGCAGGAAGAGAAAGGAAGAAGCGAGGAGAGUUCAGAUCAGACUUGGAGUCAGACCCUUUCCCUAUCCCUGAGCGUCGGCAAAGACGGGAAGAAGGAAAGACCCUGUCCAGAAGACUCGGUGGAUGAUACACUAGAGCAGCGGUUCCAGGUCAACAGAGAAAACCCGGACCGAGGAGAGGAAGCCACAUCUGUGCAGGACCAUGCCACGGAAGCACCUCUGGAUUUAUCGGAUUACGGAAGGGGGAGAGAAAGUGGCUCCAACUGGCACCAUCGGUCCUCAGUGAAACACGAAAGGCGAAGUCCAGGAGGAGAUGAGAAUGAGGACUCCGUUGCUCAGAAAACCUCUUGGUCCAGUUGGCUCGGUAGAACCCAGAAACACCAUUACGGGAAUCAACAAUGGGAACAAUUCACGGCCGGAGCCAAAGAAAAUACAGUAGUUUCUCAGGUAUCUUUGCUGCGAGAACCUGCCACGACCAAGACAUCUUCACAGGAUUCCACUGCUGACACAGAAGUCAAGAUGCCUUUUCAAGUGGAAAAUCAAGACCCGGAGAGGCCAGGUAACGGUGAUUCUGACUCCCUAAACGAUGACUCUGAUGAGACAGUUGUAUCCGAGAGUGAGAUGGUUGAUGCUGAUGAAGAGAAAGUUUUCCCAGGAGGUUCGAUAAAAGAAGACUACUGCAAUGUAACUAAGAAAAUUCAGAAUUUGCAGAAGAAACGGAAAAGGGGACACGAUUCGUCAAUAAAAGCCUACAAGAAAUCAGCUCCAGGAGGAGAGAGUGAUACAGCCCCCCACAUCCUGCCCGGCCCAAAAGACACGAAGGAAAUGCCCAACCACAGCCCUCCUUUCAGACACGAGGAACACGUGGAGACAUAA